GUUUCCUUUCAUCUCAUGCUGCUCAGAAUAGACGAAUCACGUGACAUUCACCUAUUUCCCUCAUUACAUAUAAACGAUGCCUCAAAGAAUGUUGUCAGACUCUUCCAUCCAUCUCCAAAAGAAGGGGCAUCCAGCAAGAUGCUAGGAAGAGGAACGCUCGCGUUUCUGGUCACCGUUUUUGCAGCGGCACUUGUCGUUGAUGGCAAGAUUUACGACAGAUGCGCUCUUGCCAGCGAGCUGCGCUGGAAGUACAAUUUUCCCAAGCAUGAAAUUGCCGACUGGGUGUGCAUCGCUCAACAUGAAAGCAGCUUUAACACUGCUGCACUUGGCAGACCCAACUACGACGGAAGCCGGGACCAUGGCUUAUUUCAGAUCAACGACCGCUACUGGUGCAGCCCUCCUGGACCACACAAUGACUGCGGGAUCAAUUGUGCUGCAUUGAGAGAUGACAACCUCGCAGACGAUGCUAAAUGCAUUCGCAAGAUUUACGGCAGGCACGGUUUCAGUGCUUGGGUUGCAUGGAAAAACAGGUGCCGCGGCAAGAACCUAAGCGGAUACGUUGCAGGUUGCAAGAUUUAACCACUUCCACACUCUUGGAUGCCUCUGUGAAGCUUCUUAUCUUGGGUGCAUUGUAGCGGUACCUACAAUUGCAAAUAUAAAUGAUGUGAACAGCAACA